GAUGAUGAACCUGCGUUUGUUGUACUUGACCUCCCAGGUAGAGGCAAAGGGGCAAUCGCGUCCAGAGAUAUAAAGCGGGGAGAGCUCUUGAUUCGCGAGCAGCCAUUGUUCUUAGUCCCUGACAGAAUCACUGGUUCCCCAACAGACUUCAUCCUGAGCCGCGUUCGGGCGCUCUCGCCCACGCAGUCCCAGUCAUUCUACGACCUCUCAUACGUGAACCUCCCCCAAAAUCUCUCGCCAGAGGAACACGCCAAACAACUCCCGCUCGCUAUAUUCCAAACGAAUGCCGUCGCAGCUGGCCAGGGCGUGGGGCUCUUCCCUCGUAUGGCGCGGCUGAACCACGCGUGCUCGCACGCGUUCAAUUCCAUCUACUCGUGGCGCGACGACGAGGGUGUCUUGGUUGUCUACGCGCUGAAGGAUAUCAAACAGAGUGAGGAGCUGUUGACCACGUAUACGAACACGAAGAGGCCGAGAGCUGAGAGGAGGUGCUUUUUGCAGCAGAAUUAUGAUUUCUAUUGCGUAUGCGCAUGCUGUGCGCAGUCCGAAGCGGGUUCGUGGGCCUCGGACAGGCGUCUUGGGGCAAUGGCUGCCCUCUACGCGCGCCUUGCGGAGUGGGGAAACGGCGCCAUCGAUGGGUGGGAGGCUAUCGGGCUCGUGCGGCGUAUAUGGGACGUUGGCGAGGAGGAAGGGUAUCACAGCGAGCGCGGGCGGCUCGCGGCGGACGCCAUGCUGGUUGCGGCAGCACAUUCAGAUGCAGAGGCAGUCGUGAGAUGGGCUCGGCUGGCCGAGCGAUGGAGCACGUACGAGCUGGGUGCAGAUAGCGCGCUGGCCAAGGAAGCGCGUCGGGUUGCGCUGAGUCCUGGGAGCCACGAGAUGUGGGGAGGGCGAGAGCGAAUGCGAGUGGGUGGGCCGGAGGGAAGAGCAUAG